AUGGCGAUGGCGUCAGCAUCUUCGGUGUUUGUUUUGACGGCCAACGUCACGGCUUCCGCAGGCGCUUCGUCGUCCCGGAACUCCGUGUCUUUCUUGCCGAUGAGAAGCGCCGGUUCUAGGCUCGUAGUCAGAGCAUCCGAAGAGGCACCUCCGGAAACAUCUUCGUCGGAAGGUGUUCCGGCAACUGCUCCAGCUGCUGCUACUGCCACCAAACCCAAGCCGCCUCCGAUUGGCCCUAAGAGAGGCUCCAAGGUCAAGAUUCUAAGGAGAGAAUCCUACUGGUUCAAGAACGUUGGAUCAGUCGUGGCCGUCGAUCAGGACCCGAAGACCCGGUACCCGGUUGUUGUCCGGUUCGCCAAAGUGAAUUACGCCAACAUAUCGACCAACAACUAUGCAUUGGACGAAGUUGAAGAAGUUAAAGCUUAA